CGCGACCAAAUAAAUUCACCAGCCGAUUCUCAGACUCGCGAUACGUACCAUUCCCACCACCGCCCGUCGACCUGGCUUCUCUCCCGUUUAGAUUCAAGGCCGGAGGCGACGCAAAAAUGCCUGGCGCUGUCGCGAGCCAUAGGCCGACCACCAAGGUCGCCAACAAGGCGUUCAAGUCGAAGAAGGCGACCAAGGGCGCCAUCCGAGACCUUUCCAAAGGCAAGGUGCCCACCGAGAAAGGGCUGCGCAAGACGCCGCACCAGCAAGUCAUGUCCAAAUUCGACCGCCGCAACCAGGCCCGCCAGCGACAGCUCAACAAGCAGCGCGAACACCAGAAGGAGAACUCGAUCUUCUCCGGACGAGACGCCGCCCCUCGCAAUGUCGCCGUUAUCCCCCUCUGCGAAGACUGCGAUGCCGCCGCCGCCGUCCAGUCCCUGAACCAGAGUCUGGAUAUUGAGGCAGAGAUCGGCCAGGGCCUUUCCAGGGUGCCCGUCGACCGGUUCAAGCAGAAGCUCGCCUACUUCCCCGUCAACCGCGAUCUGGCCGCCUGCAUGGACGCCGCGAGGGCUGCUGACUUCGUCGUGCUCGUCCUGUCUGCAGACGUUGAGGUUGACGACCUAGGGGAGCUCAUCCUGCGCAGCAUCGAAGGCCAGGGUCUGUCUACCCUCAUCACAACCGUACAGGGGCUGAACAAGAUCGAGCCUGUCAAGCAGAGGCUGUCCGUCGUCGACUCGCUUAAGUCCUACAUCAAGUAUUAUCACCCAGAGCAAGACAAGAUCUAUAGUCUGGACAACCGCCAGGAAUGUGCCAACCUUAUGCGCUCCAUCUGCAGCACCACGCCCAAGGGAGUGCGGUGGCGAGAUGAGCGCAGCUGGAUGCUGGUUGAGGACGUCCAAUUUCCCACCUCAGACGCGGUUGACGGCCUCACAGUCCUGACGGGAGUUGUCAGGGGUAAGGGCCUGAAAGCCGAUAGGCUCGUCCAGGUGGGCGACUGGGGGACUUUCCAGAUUGAAAAGAUCACUGCUGCGCCGCUCCCGACAAAGAAGAGCAAGCCAGAAGGUUCAAUGGCGGUUGAUGAAGCUUCAGCGCCCGAAGAGCCUCUCGACGUACCGAGCGAGGACAGAGACGACCUUGCCGAGUUCGCCCCUGAAGAGGUGAUGAUGAUGGAUGAAGACGGGGACGACGCCCAAACCUCAGUAUCGGCCCCGUCAAAAAAGGGUGUGCUGCUGGACGACCACCACUACUUUUCAGAUGACGAGGAGGGACAGGCACCACGGGCGAAGAAACUCCCAAAGGGAACCUCGGCAUAUCAGGCGGCCUGGUAUCUCGAUGACGGUGUUUCAGACUCGGGAUCCGACAUGGAGGAUUUCGACAUGACAGACGCCACACAGCCAGAGCGUACCCACGGCCCCGAGGACGGAAUCGAGGGCAUGGCCAUGGAUACUCAAACCGAGGGCGGUGCAUCCGAGUACCCACAGUCUGAGAUGUUCGUGGAGCCUAACGAGGACGAGGACGCGAAACAACUGGAGGCCUACCGGGCGAGCAAGCGAGACGAGGCUGAGGACGACAAGGAGUUUCCCGACGAGAUCGAACUGCAUCCCAACGUUCUGGCUAGGGAACGCCUUGCACGGUACAGGGGCCUCAAGAGUCUCAGGACAAGCACCUGGGAGGAGGAGGAGGACCGCGCGCACGAACCGGAGGAAUGGCAGCGACUCCUCCAAGUCCCCGACUACCAGGGAUCACGGUCUCGAUGCGCACGUGAGGCGCUGGUUGGCGGCGUGGCGCCUGGUACCCGUGUCUCGGUUCAUCUGAAGGGCGUGCCGGCCUCGGUCACGCAGAUGCACAGCGCCGCUAAGCCUGUUACCAUGUUCUCGUUGCUGAGGCACGAGAACAAGCAAACUGCUGUCAACUUCCUCAUCAACCUCAGCUCAGAGCACCCGACUUCCAUCAAGGCCAAGGAGGAGCUUAUCAUGCAAUGCGGCCCUCGGAGGCUUGUCAUCCGACCCCUUUUCUCAGAGGGCGGUAACACGCAAAACGACGUGCACAAGUACUCGCGAUUCUUACAUCCGGGUCAAUCCGCAGUCGCCACCUUCAUCGGACCGGUCAUCUGGGGGUCUGUGCCUGCCCUUUUCUACAAGAGACAGGUGCCCAGCGCCGACUCCAAGGAUGUAGAUGAUGCCUCCCUCCCACUCAAGUUGAUCGCAACAGGCACAGCGCUACCCCCAUCAACAUCACGCGUUGUGGCCAAGAGGGUCAUCUUAACAGGCCACCCCUACCACAUCCACAAGAAGAUUGUGACAAUCAGGUACAUGUUCUUCAAUCGCGAGGAUGUUGAGUGGUUCAAGGCCCUGCCGCUCUGGACCAGGCGUGGGCGAAGUGGCUUCAUCAAGGAGAGCCUGGGCACUCAUGGUUACUUCAAGGCGACAUUCGAUGGCAAGAUCAACCCGCAGGACAGCAUUGGCGUCAGUUUGUACAAGCGUGUAUGGCCACGCAAGUCGGAGCCCUUCCAAGGCUCUCUGCUUUCCCAGAAUGGCGCGAGCGCGGCACCAGGAGAGGAGGUCAUGGAGGACAUUGCAUGAUGUGAUCACGAGCUAACGUGGGAACGGCCGGGCUGGGAAUGGCGUUUGGGUGUUCUGUUUUAGGGAUGGGCCAGAGAAAAAAAAGAUAGGAAUCGGACUUGGCGAUGGCAGGACUACGUGCGUAGCAUGAUUUAUGAGGUCAAAACUGCCCAGGUGGAAGAAAUUUGCGCUUUGUGAAGUAGAGUACAAUGUCGUUAUAUACGA